AUGCCUAAAGAUUGCCGCCGAAACGCAUGGUAUGUCGGCUCUGAUAUCGCGGCUCUUUGUUCAGAGGCUGCCAUGCAACAGAUCCGCGAGAAGAUGGAUCUCAUCGACCUCGAUGAAGACACUAUCGACGCCGAGGUCUUGGACGCUCUUGGUGUAACGAUGGAAAACUUCCCUUUCGCGUUGGGUUCGUCCAACCCAUCAGCACUUCGCGAGAUGGUCGUCGAAGUACAGACCGUCAAGUGGGACGAUAUCGGUGGUCUCGGCAAAGUUAAGCAGGAGUUGCAAGAGACGGUUCAAUAUCCGGUCGAACACCCCGACAAAUUUAUCAAGUACGGUAUGUCGCCUUCAAAGGGUGUGUUGUUCUACGGUCCUCCAGGUACUGGUAAAACACUGCUUGCCAAGGCUAUUGCGAACGAAUGUCAGGCAAACUUCAUUUCGAUUAAGGGCUCCGAGUUGCUUACCAUGUGGUUUGGUGAAUCGGAAGCCAACGUGCGGGAUGUCUUUGACAAGGCGCGUGCAGCUGCACCGUGCGUGAUGUUCUUCGAUGAGUUAGAUUCUAUCGCAAAAGCGCGAGGCGCAAGCGCAGGAGGAGAUGCGGGUGGCACAGGAGAUCGCGUUUUGAACCAGUUGCUGACGGAGAUGGACGGUAUGAACGCAAAGAAGAAUGUGUUCAUCAUUGGUGCGACCAAUCGGCCAGACCAAAUUGACCCAGCUUUACUCCGUCCUGGUCGUCUGGACCAACUCAUUUACAUUCCUCUGCCCGACGAACCUGGACGUCUUGAUAUCCUUCGCGCAGCCCUGAGGAAGUCGCCUGUGGCGAAGAAUGUUGACCUUACGUGUCUUGCAAAGAGUAUGCAUGGCUUCUCUGGAGCAGAUUUGACGGAAAUUUGCCAACGUGCAGCAAAACUCGCGAUUCGCCAAUCGAUUGAAGAAGAUAUCCGUCGAGCUCGAGAAAAGAAAGAGUCGGGCAAUGGAGAUAUAGAAGACGUCGAAGAGGCAGAUCCCGUGCCCGAAACCACGUGCGAACACUUUGAGGAAGCGAUGGAGUUUGCUCGUCGCUCCGUGUCUGACCAGGACAUCCGACGGUAUGAGAUGUUUGCUCAGGUACAUGAGGCAACGAUCGGAUUUUCCUUUGUGGUAUCGGAUCAUUUCCUUUUUCGGACAGGCAUUCUUCGAUGUGCAGGAGGAUGA